AGCCGAAAUUUGGUCGGAAAAUGUUACGUAUCCCAGUUCAGAGGAUUUUUGCGCAUUCUUUGCGGCCUAGUUUUUUCUUAAAAGAUUGUAAAGACCCUUCUGUCUGUCCUAAAGUUCUGAGAUGUUAUUCCACACAGUCAGUGACAAAAGGCGGCUCAGAUGCAGAAGUAACCGAAAAGCAAACAGAGGAAACUCGAAUUAAGAAGAGUCGACCGUUGACAAAUACACCUUUCAUUCGAGAACUGUUUCUUGGAAGGUUUGCUAAAGAGACAUUAAUUUAUCCUGAAAUGACCAAAGAAGAAUUGGAGAAUCUGAAUCAAAUGGUUCAACCAGUAGAAAAAUUCUUCAAUGAGGCAUUGGAUUCCAAAAGUAUUGAUGUAAACGCAAAGAUUCCUGAUGAUGUUUUACAAAGUCUGAAAGACCUUGGACUUUUUGGACAACAGAUUCCAGAGGAGUAUGGGGGACUUGGACUGAAUGCUACUGAGUUUGCCCGACUGGCUGAGAUCACCGCCUUAGAUGGGUCAAUAGCUGUUACACUGGCAGCUCAUCAAUCUAUUGGCUUAAAGGGUAUUCUGAUUGCUGGGAAUGAUGAACAGAAAGCUAAAUAUUUACCUAAGCUGGCCACAGGAGAACAUACAGCAGCAUUCUGUUUGACUGAGCCCUCCAGUGGCAGUGAUGCGGCCUCCAUUCAGACCAGAGGUACACUGUCAGAUGACGGAAAGACAUUUCUAUUGAACGGAGGAAAAAUCUGGAUAUCUAAUGGAGGAAUCGCAGAUAUAUUUACUGUGUUUGCUAAAACAAAAGUCAUGGUUGAUGGUGUGGAAAAAGACAAAGUAACUGCAUUUAUUGUGGAGCGAGCUUUUGGUGGAGUCACUAGUGGAAAACCGGAGGAUAAAUUAGGGAUCCGCGGAUCUAACACCUGCGAAGUUCAUUUUGAGAACACCCCUGUUCCCACAGAGAAUGUCCUUGGUGAGGUUGGUGGCGGAUUCAAGGUGGCCAUGAAUAUUUUAAACAGUGGUCGAUUCAGCAUGGGAAGUUCAGGGGCUGGAAUCCUCAAAAAGCUGAUUGGAAUGACAUGUGAGCAUGCUGUCACAAGGAAACAGUUUGGGUCCCCACUCUCAGAGUUUGGUCUGAUUCAGGAGAAGUUUGCUCAGAUGACGAUUACGACGUACGCGAUGGAGAGCAUGGCUUAUCUGACAGCAGGAACGCUGGACCUACACGAGAAACCUGACGUCUCAUUGGAGGCUGCCAUUGUUAAGAUAUUCAGUUCUGAGGGAUGCUGGACAUGUGUAAAUGAGUGUCUACAGAUUCUGGGAGGACUCGGCUACAUGAAGGAUUACCCUUAUGAGCGUUAUCUCAGAGAUGGGCGCAUAUUGAUGAUAUUUGAGGGCACCAAUGAGAUUCUGCGACUCUUUGUUGCUCUAGAAGGAAUGAAGUAUGCAGGAAAAGAAUUAACACAGGCUCUCAAGGUAUUAAGAAAUCCUUGGCAGAACCCAGGGGUGGCCUGGAAAAUGUUCAAGAAAGGAUUAAAGCAGAAAUUAAAGAAGAAACCAGAAAGCACAAUAUUAAUCCCACAACCACAGAAAUCAACACUCCAGCUUCCUUCAUCUCUACACAACACACUACAGCUGGAGGCCCAGUAUCUAGAGGGUUGUACCAUAGCUUUUCAGAAUGUUGUAGAGCAUCUUCUGGUGACACAUGGAAAGGACAUAGUGAAUGCCCAGAUGGACCUUGCGAAAGUAGCCAACAUUGUGAUAGAUAUCUAUGGAAUGACAGCUUGUAUUAGCCGAUCUAACAGGUCAUACUGUCUGGGACUCCAGAAUGCGGACCAUGAGAUUCUUCUGACAAAGGCUUUUUGUAAAGAUGCUGUGAAGAGAAUUCAAACAAACGUAAAAGAAAUCUAUGAUGGUCCAGUGAAAAACAAUUCAGAGAAUUAUGAGCACAUCGCUCAGGCUGUGUUUAAACAUGGUGGCUACGCGGCAGCUCAUCCCCUGGAGAGAAUGUGGUGAAGCAUCUGGUCAUGUGACCUUCUGGUCAUGUGACCUACUUAAUGAUUUAUCUUACUGGCCAUUCAAAUAAAACUUUCAGGGAUAGUGAGUGAAUGAGCAUUCUAUGAAGACUUCAUUUCUCUUGAAAACUGUGAUAUAUAGAGGGAAAACAAAAAAAUAAGACAUUUGUAUUUGUAUAUAUAAGUUAUUAAAAUGAUGUUCUUUUU